AAUUAGCGUCGCGAAACUUGUUCGAUGAAAAGUCGGCUUUAGUGUUUAUGCUAACCAAGUUUUGUGAUUAUGUAUUUUUUUCGGUAUAUUACUUUUGUCAUGAAAAAUUGAUUUCUGCUUAUAAAAUACACGUGACAGUAUAACACCGGUGCUAAUUUGUUGGAGAAUUUUGGUUGUGCUCAAAUAUAAGGGAGUUGUAAAUACUCUCAUCAUUUAACCUAAUAAAUCUUGAUAUCAUUAAGUAAAUUUUCAUUUUAGAUUAAUUAAAAAUGUGUUAAUUACAACAGCAGUACAGUUAUCAUUGCACUUAAUAGAAUUAGUUAUAUUUAGUAUUUUAUUUCAAUUAUAUGAAAUAUUAUAACAAAAUAAAGACUUGCACUACAAAAAAUGAGUGAAAUUGCACCAAUUAAUGAUGUGCCUGAAAGUAAUGGUGGGCCAGAUCAACCUACUUACAAUGGAGAAACUGAAGAACAUACUAAUAAAUCACCUGGAAGUGGAGAGGACAAGACACCAGAUUCCAUAUGCGAUAAUGGAAUUAAAAAGAAUAAUGCAACUUCUGUUGUGGGAAGUAAUACUACUAAUACAACUAAUAGAGCUAAAAAGAGGAAAAAAACUCCUAGAGAUGCAACUGCCCCAAAGCAACCAUUAACAGGUUAUUUUAGGUUUUUAAAUGAUCGAAGAGAAAAAGUGAGGAAUGAAAAUCCAACACUGUCAUUUGCUGAAAUCACAAAACUUCUUGCAUCUGAAUGGAGCAAUUUACCUGCUGAUCAAAAACAACAAUAUUUAGAUGCAGCAGAACAAGACAAAGAACGUUACAAUCGUGAAUUUAGUGAUUAUAAACAAACAGAAGCAUAUCGCUUAUUUAGUGAAAAACAAUCUUCAGAAAAGCAACAGGAAAAUAGGAAAGAAAGAAAUGGAACAGAUGUGACCUCUGAACAAAAUGAUCUUCAACAAGAGAAGGACAAUGAUUUCACAGGUUUUGAUAUACCUAUUUUUACAGAAGAGUUUUUGGAUCAUAACAAAGCAUGUGAAGCAGAAUUAAGACAAUUGAGAAAAGCCACUUCGGAUUACGAGGCCCAAAAUGCUGUUCUUCAGCGACAUGUAGAUAGUCUAUACGCGGCGGUAAAUCGUUUAGAAUCUGAAACAAAUCAACAACGUACAACAAAUCAGGCUUUACAACGUCACUUAGAUUCUCUUCGUUCACAAUUGGCCGGAUGUUUUGCCACAAUACCACUCCCAGGGACAAAUGAAGGUGCAACGUUACAAAAUAUCGACAAUUAUGUUGAAAGACUUGAAUCAUUAUUAAGUGGUAACGCUGAACAGUCUUUAAGAAAUGCUGUGCGUAAUGCCGUAUCUCGCCUUGAACUAAGUGGAUGACGAUCGCCCCCCGGUAGUACAACUACUACAUCAAUAAAACAUCAUCGUUCAAGGCAUUCACAUCGAAAAUAAAAGAAAACAUUUUGAAGUUGAUUCCACGAAUAUCUGAAAAUAAAAUAACACGUAAUAAUCUUCAAUUGCUUGUUGCCGCUCCAGUAUUAGCAUAAGAUAACUCCUUGUGAUUCUAAAAUGAAUUUAAU